GAGCGUUGAGUUUAGAGGGUCUCUCUCUGCCGGGGUGACAAGUCAGACCGUCGGACAGACCGAAGGGGACGUGGCCGCCGUUUGAAGCAAAAAAAAAGACAAAAAAAAAACACUUUUCCUCCUUUCACCGCCGGAUACUUAACUCGCCCUGGGGGUUGGAUUAACUUAAAACCCACUCUUUUUUAGUUUUUCUUUUUAAUUUGCUUUAGAAGACACCACCGCAACUCAACCGAAGACAAUGGGAUCCCAGUCAUCCAAGGGAGAGGUGGCCGCGGAGGCGAACGCUGCUGCCGCUGAUGCUGCAGCCGUCAAGACCAACGGACAGGAGAAUGGACACGUGAAAACCAAUGGCGAUGUCUCUACAAAGCCUGACGGGGAUGCUGCUGCUACCAAUGGCUCAGCUGAGGCAGCGAAGGAGCCUGAGGCUGGUGCAGGAGGUGACGCUAUUGAGCCAGCACCUGCUGCAGAUGGAGAGGCUGCCAAACCCGAAGGCGAGGCUGCAGCCAAGGAAACCCCCAAGAAGAAGAAGAAGAAGUUCUCUCUGAAGAAGUCCUUCAACUUCAAACUGAACCUGAAGAAGAGCAAGAAGAACGAGGCUGUGAAAGAGGAAGCGGCCGCUGCCGCCCCCUCUGAGGAGAAGCCCGCCGAGAAUGGAGCUGCUGCUCCUGCGGAGGAGAAGAAAGAGGAGGUGAAGGAGGAGGCUGCCGCUGCGGCCGAGGCUCCAAAGGCGGAGGAGCCGGCCAAGGAGGAGGCCCCCAAGGAGGAGGCCAAGGAGGCAGCUGCUGCUCCAGCCCCUGAGGCCACGAAACCAACAGAGGAGAGCAGCUCGACCCCCGCUCCCUCUGAAAAGAAGGAGUGAUUGUACCUUUUGCUCACAAUGAACUGGGUGAACUGUUUUUCAAGAGAGAGAGAGAAAAUUUAAGAGUAUAUAUAUAUAUUUAUAUAUAUAUGUGUAUAUGUAUACAUAUGUAUAUGGAUAUAUGUAUAUGUAAAUAUAUACACAUGUAUGUGAGAGACUCCUUCGACGUGCCACUUUUCGUCAUGAUAACAAGACGACAGACUAGAUUCACUAGAUCACUUCCCUGGUUACUGCUCGACAUCUGGACCUGGACUGAGUUUGAGGCUGUGGGUUGGUCGCUAUGUGGAAAAUGGAUUUUAACGGCUAUAAUGCCAGCUAAUGACACCAUAAAGUAUAGAUGGAUGAAGGAUGAAUGGAGAAGGAUGGAGUCGAAGCAUCUUUUCCCUAAAAAUCUACAGCUCAAGAUGCCUCCUUGCUGAAGGAUUGACGCUAGAUAAGAUACUAGGACACCACCACCACUUGAAAUGACUGUUAAAUAGAGAAAAAAAAAAAACAACAAAAAAAAAACAUGAAAUCAGAAAAUUAAAGAGACUCGCCAACUUUUUACAUUCCUAUAUUUUAACCCAAAUUUGAAGUAUUUUGUGGUGUAUUAUAGAGAACCAUCUUAAAGAUUCAGAAGCUAUGUCUUGUUUGUUUAAAAAAAAAGAAAAAAAAAUAGACAAUUUUGAUUUUUACCUUACUAUGAAAAAAAAAGAACACUUAAGCUUGCUAUGUUCACUGUUGCGGUUUGAUAUGAAGCAGAGUUGUUUAUCUGUCGUGUGUGAGCCUGAAUCUGCUUUGUCUCUGUAAAUACAUUGGAUUGAUUUCUGUUCUUUAUUUUGCUAAUGUUGACAGAUGUUACUGGUUUUAUUGUAAAGUUGAUAAUGGUAAAAUAAAUGUUGGUUACCUGCCUGUU